GCUUAAGCUGCGAAAUAUUUCUGUCGGCCUGCACUAUGAACAAUGUUCGCAGCCUUCCUCAGCCGCCUCUCCCGCCAGAAACCACCGCCCUCAAUCACCCUUAACUCCAAUCGCCACCCGCUCUCCACCACCACCUCCUCCUCCUACUCCUACUCGUCCCUCUACACUAAAUACUCUUUCGUGCCACCAGCCUCUCUCAACCCCCACAACUCCAUUAAGCCCCAGACCAGAACCUCACUCCAACAUCAACCCAACCAUAAAAAACCCUCCAAACCCCCGUACCGCCCACCAUCAUCCCUCGACAGGUCUGGUCAAGAGCCAGUCCAUUCCAACCUUCCUUUUGAUUUCCGGUUCAGUUACACCGAGAGCAGUCCAAAUGUCAGACCCAUUGGCCUUCGCGAGCCCAAGUACUCCCCAUUCGGGCCGGGCCGCCUGGACAGGUCCUGGACAGGUGUUUGUGCCCCGGUGACCGACCUGAAGGAGUGGUCCUCGGAAAAGGAGGAAGAUUUGGAGGAGAAGAGGAAAAUAUUGAGAGAGAGAGUUCAGGGAGAGCCGUUGACGAAUGCUGAGAGGAAAGCUCUCGUCGAGAGGUAUCAAAGGCACCGGACGAAGAAGCAAAUUAAUUUAGGGAGGAAUGGUUUAACACACAACAUGUUGAAUGAUAUUCAUAAUCACUGGCAACAUGAUGAGGCGGUCAGGAUAAAGUGCAUGGGUGUGCCUACUCUUGAUAUGAAAAACGUGUGCAUGCAAUUGGAGGAUAAAACAUUUGGCAAGAUCAUUUAUAGACAUGGCGGUCAACUUGUAUUGUACAGAGGUAGGAAUUAUCAUCCUAAGAAAAGACCUGUGAUUCCAUUAAUGCUAUGGAAGCCUCAGGAGCCAGUAUAUCCAAGGCUUAUAAAAACAACUAUCGAUGGCCUAAACAUUGAGGAAACUAAAAAAAUGAGGAAAAGAGGAUUAUCUGUCCCCGCCUUAACAAAGCUUGCCAAAAAUGGUUAUUAUGGUAGUCUCGUGCCUAUGGUCCGGGAUGCUUUUCUCACUGAAGAGUUUGUACGGAUAGAUUGUAAAGGCCUUCAGAAGAGUGACUACAAGAAAAUUGGCUGCAAACUGAGGGUAAUACUUAGUAAAGCAUAUUAUUUUAUUUGAUAUUGCAUAUGAUUU